ACUCGAUCAUACUAGUAUUAGUAUAGCACUAUAGCUCUUGCCCUGCCGCUACCGAGUCCGACGAUUUCCCGUCGCACACCCCUCCUUCACUCAACUGCAGUCUACUCUGCAACAGUUCCGCCGGAAUACACGAACCACAUUAAACAUCACUUUUAAUUUUUUGAAAUUCAUUUCACUCAUUUGCAGCAGGAAAAAUCUCCAAAACAAAAAGAACUUCAGCGAAGAAGUCGCAACAUUUAGCCUAGUAAUGGAGUUUCCUCCUUCCUCCACCGCCACACCAUCACACGACACCGUUUUCUACACCCUAUACCCCGAUUCACCCACCACCACCACCACCACCACAACCACCACUCUCCAAUCCCUCCACCUCCAAAUCCUCCAAUCCAUCUCCCCCUUCACCACCGACUACAUCUGGCAACACCAGCCCUUCAACCUCUCUAUCUCCCUUCCCCCAAACCCUACCUGUCAGUGCCCUUCCUCCUCAAACCUCCCUCACCUCCACGGCCACCUUCGCUACGGAGACAACCUCGACGAUGAAUGGUUCACCGUCUUCCUCCUCUUCCACAUCUCCACCCACUUCCCUUCCCUUUCAAUCCGCCUCUGGGACUCCGACGGCGAGUUUCUCCUCAUUGAAGCCGCCUUCCAUCUUCCUCGCUGGGUUAACCCUGAAACCUCUGAUAAUCGUAUAUUUCUCCGUAACGGCCAUAUCCACAUCAUCCCCCGUAGCAGUCUCCCUAAUCCCUCCCUAAUUGAUUCACUUAACUUCCUAUCCACCUCCGACUCCGAAUCGCGCGUCUCUGAGCCUGUUCAGACCGCUAUUAUGAACCGGAUUAAGGAUUACCCUAAUCAAGCAAGGAAAAACAUGCAUAAUGUUAGAGCUAGAGUUCCGGUGUCGGUUGCGAAGGUUCUUAAGCAUGAGCCGUGCUUGAUUUCUUUGGCAGUGGAGGGAUUCUACGACAGGGACAUUGAUGCAAUGAAAUUCGCGGCGAAGUUGGAGAAAUUCUUGGAGAAAGGGAGAGGGGAAGAGUUGGUUUGUGUUUCUGUGAAAAUGUCGAGGGCUAUGUAUGCACAGCUUGUUCAGCAAACUUUUCGGGCUCCAAAGGUUUAUUCGGAGCUCCCGAGUCGAGACAAGAGGGAGGAGUUUGCGGAGGCGGAGUUGGGGUUGAAGAUUACUUGUGGGAUGGAAAUGAUGUAUCAGCAACGGAAGCGUGAUGGGGUUGAAGGGAAGGGUUCUACUUGGGAAGCGUUUAUGCAGAGUUUGGAGAAAAGUGGUUACUUUCAAGGGCUGCUUCCGGGUUCUAGUGAGUAUCAGAGGUUGAUGCAGAAUGCUCAAGAGUAUUAUAGAAACACUUCUCUACACUCCAAGGCCAGUGACUUGAUGAGUGCUCCUGUUAGACGCAUAGAUGAAAUUCUUGCUUUACCAUAUUCGGUGGACGAAUUUAAAGGUCAGGAGGUUCCUCCAUCUGAUCCUGAUUAUUGGCUUUACAACGGAGAGGAAGAGUUAAAUUCUGCUCUUAAUGAAAGACAAAAGGAGAUGGAACUUUUUGACUUAAAACACAAAAAUAAAGGGAAAGGAAAAAAGGGUCAAGAUAAUGGUUCAAAUGCUGAUGAGUUUAAUCCUGGUGAUGUAGCAAAACUUAUGCGAGCAUUUGUUGACAAGGUGUCAAGUUUUGAGGGUGCUGAAGCUCCUGAAGACAGGAAUAAGGAAGUGGACCUUGAUGCGGAUCAAUUUUUCAAAGAGAUGGAAUCAGUAAUGAAUUGUUCAGGUGAAGCUGCCAACAGUAAUAUCGAAGAAGGAUCAUCAUCUGACCUGGACUUUGAUGACUCUGACGAGGAUGAAGGGGUUGAAUCUGCUGAGGAGAAUGAUGAUGAAGAGGAUUCUUUCACACAGGCUUAUUCUAAUGCUAUGGAUGAACAACUAAAGCCAACAACCCUUCCGAAAACUUUUGUCGGUGUUGAUAAAAUAAUUCCAAAGAAGGAUGAGGGAACAUCACAUGCUGCAGAAGAUAUGGAUGAGGACUUUUCUCCUAUAGAUGUGGAUGUAAAUUUAGUACAAAGCCUUCUUGAUUCCUUUUCUUCCCAACAAGGGCUUCCUGGUCCUGCAUCCAAUUUGCUUGGCCUCCUGGGGGUGCAGUUCCCACAAGAUGCAAAGAAGGGAAAGUGAGGCUAUGUUACUAGAAUUUUUGCCGAGGUUUCUAAAGUUGAUACAUUCUCAAACGAGGUAGUCUCCAGGUAAAGAGAUGUUGUGUAACCUGUUAGCGAGGAUCUUUUUUCUCCAGAUCACCUAGUCAGCAGAGAGCGUAUGAGAAUGACUAAUCUUGAGGUUGAAUUGCAGGAGGUGUUGGUGCUCGAUUUGUUAACAGUUUAUUUCCUUACCUUGUUUCAUGUAAAACAAGGGAUCCAAUAUAUAUAGCAAGUUAUUUGACUGUAUGUAUUACAAGUGGCAAGAGAGGCUUAGUAAAUUAGGAAAUAGGAUAACCUUAUAUUUCAAGUAUAUGUGAAUCAGAAGAAAUGGUAAUUAUUUUCAUUAUUACACACAAUUUGGGUUAUGGUCCAAAUGAAUUAAACCCUACUGAAGGGGUAUCUGCCAUGUACUGCUAGUGUUUACUUGCAAGAUCAUUAUUUCUAGGUUAAAUUUUAUAUUA